ACUCAACACGUGGUUUAAAAACUUGCAGGCCAGCCCGCGGAAAUCUGUCAAAGAGCUUUCAAGCUGCGCGCACUUUGUAGACUUUUCUAACUUGACUCAGUGUAGUAGUUAAUAUUUGUCAUUUAAAAUAUAUAUAUAUAAUUGUGUCUUAUACAAACGUGCGCUAUAACGGGAAGUUAAAACAGCAGCCAGUAUGAGUAUAUUGGAGGUGAGGUUUGUGGGUGACGCAGAUGCACUGGAACACAUGGUGGACAAACAACAAGAUGUGCAGGGCAGCAGUAUGCAGAGGCUGGUGACUCUGAGGAGUGAAGCGGAGAGGAGCGAUAGAGAGGAUGACGCAGGCCUUAGUGAGCUGCACUAUGUUCAGGUCCUCGGAACAGACGAGGGGGAGGAGUGUGUAGCAGCAGGAGGAGGAGGGUCAUCAGUGUUCACCUUUCAGACGGUCAAACGCUCCAACAUGAUGGCCCAGAUGGCGUCUGAGCUGGCUCGGACCCCAACGAGGAGUGUGACCUUCAGAACAACACCUGACACUUCUGGCCCCGCCCACAAUGGCUGCAAUGUGAGUGAGAACAGGACUCCUCAGAAGGGCAGGAAGGUGCAGUUUGUUUCCACAACGCCCCACAGACUCAGGAAGAGACUCUCAGCUCCCAGCCUGAGAUCCGACAGCGACAGCGAGCUCUCUCCCUCUGACUCUGGAGAGGAGGAGGAGGAUGAUGAAGAUGAUAAGGGGAAGAGAGAGGAGGACAGAGUGAAUCAGUCCAGCACACCCAGUAAGCCUUCAGCCACAGCUCUCUAUAAGACACCUGCUAAGAAGAGCAAGACCGCCCCAGAACCACCCUGCCAGGCCAGUCUGGUCGAGGAAUACUUUGAGGCUCACGGCAGUUCUAAAUUCCUGACAUCAGACCGGACCCUGCAGCGCCUACACACCCCUAAACUAGACCGGGAGACCUUGUUCCGUCUGUUAGAAGGGAAACCGGCGUGUUAUUCUUCAGAGAUUGAGAAGCUCCACUCCAGUCACCAUGAACACUUCAACAAGUGGAUGCUGCAGCUACAGCUGGGUUACAGUGUGUUGCUGUACGGGCUGGGCAGUAAGAAGGCCUUACUCGAGGAGUUCCGAGUGUCUCUGCUCUGUCAGGAGAUACACCUGGUUGUCAACGGAUUCUUCCCUUCCAUCUCUCUCAAAUCAAUCCUGACUGCUCUGUCUGCAGAGAUUCUAGAACACCAAGGAACGUUCCGGAACCCUGCUGACCAACUACAGUACAUCACCACCACCCUCAGAGAACAGCCGGACCUCCAUGUGUACCUGUUGAUCCACAACAUUGACGGUCCCAUGCUCCGUGGAGGGAAGACCCAGAAUGCACUGGGCCAACUGGCCUCACUACCCAACCUGCACCUUGUUGCCUCCAUCGACCACAUCAACGCACCGCUUGUGUGGGACCAGUGUAAACUGAGUCAGUUUAACUGGUUGUGGUGGGAGUGCGUGUGUUUCCAGCGUUAUGUGGAGGAGACGUCCUAUGAGAACUCUCUACUAGUUCAACAGACUGGAGCCCUCGCCCUCUCCUCCAUGACACACGUCCUGCGCAGCCUUACGGCUAACGCCAGGGGCAUCUUUAAACUGCUGGUGGAGUUUCAACUGGAGAACAAAGACAACCCUUCAUACACAGGCUUGUCAUUCCAGGACUUCUACCAGCGUUGUCGGGAAGCCUUCCUGGUGAACUCUGACCUCACCCUGCGUACCCAGCUCACAGAGUUCAGAGACCACAAACUCAUCCGCACACGCAAGGGUGCUGAUGGAGUGGAGUACCUGCUGGUUGCCGUGGAGACCAGCACUCUGACUGACUUCCUGGAGAAAGAAGUAGAGUGAGGAGAGGAUCAUGUUCCGUCUUUCUCUCCAACCCAAGAGAACUGGGCCUCACUGGGUCAGACAACUGGGCGGUAUUGAUAACGGGUCUCGUAGGGUCAGAGAACUGGGUCUCACUGGGUCAGAGAACUGGGCGGUAUUGAUAACGGGUCUCGUAGGGUCAGAUAACUGGGCCUCACUGGGUCAUACAACUGGGCGGUAUUGAUAACGGGUCUCGUAGGGUCAGACAACUGGGCGGUAUUGAUAACUGGUCUCGUAGGGUCAGAGAACUGGGCGGUAUUGAUAACUGGUCUCGUAGGGUCAGAGAACUGGGCGGUAUUGAUAACGGGUCUCGUAGGGUCAGAGAACUGGGCGGUAUUGAUAACUGGUCUCGUAGGGUCAGAGAACUGGGCGGUAUUGAUAACGGGUCUCGUAGGGUCAGAUAACUGGGCGGUAAUUGAUAACGGGUCUCGUAGGGUCAGACAACUGAGCGGUAUUGAUAACUGGU